UGUAGGGCUGAGCUACCAUCGAGGCUGCACCAUCCACCCUGACAUCCCGCUCACAAAAUGGACCAGGAGACCCUGGGAAGCAUUGUCCUGCUUGCCAUUGUCACCUUGCUAAGUGUUGUCCAGAAUGCUUUUUUUGCUAACAAACUGGAGCAUGAAAGCAAACACUGCAAUGGCAAGGGGUUCCAGCGGCAGGGAUCAUCCUGCUUCGACCGCGUCUACACUGCCAACCAGAACUGCGGACACGCGUACCCUACAUUUCUCGCCGUGCUUUGGUGUGCUGGCCUUCUCUGUAGCCAAGCUCCUGCUGCCUUUGCUGGCCUGAUGUACUUGUUUGUGCGGCAGAAGUACUUUGUGGGCUACCUCGGCGAGAGGACUCAGAGCACUCCCGGUUACCUGUUUGGAAAGCGCAUCAUCUUGUUCCUGUUUCUCAUGUCUGUGGCUGGAAUACUCAACUACUAUCUCAUCUUCUUUUUUGGAAGUGACUUUGAAAUACACAUUAAAACGAUAACCAGCGCGAUCUCUCCGUUGCUGCUCAUACCCUAACUUCCUGCAGUGCUGAGGGGGUCAGCACACUUAAUAUAUCCAUAUCCAGAAGCUGCCAUAAUUCAACUGUUUAAGAAAUGAACCCAUAACCCAGUUACAUUGCUGUAAAUCUCAUGCUUGAUGGGUUUUGUAGUUUGAUUUAACCUUGCUUUUUUCUUCAGAAAAAAGAUUUAUCAUGAACACUUGGCUUGCCCAAGGAAUGGCAACAACUUUCUGUUAGUUCUUUAGAGGUUUUUUCCCAACAGUGCUGCUUGUGAGCUGAUUGCAUGACCGGAAGGGACAU